UUUGUCCAAUAUAUAUUUGAAUACAAUGUAAACAUUUAUAACACAGUUUGUCUGGUCCUGCUCUCUUCUUCCAGACAUUUUUCAAUCAAAAGCCAAACCCUGUGAUUUUAAAAUGUCAGAUUUCCUCGUGGAGUUUUGUGUGUAUCAACGUUGUUGUGCGCUCGAUCAGUUAAAACCGAACUCCAUUCAGAAAUCUGUCAAUUCAGAGAUACCUUGUUAUUCAGGAGACAUACAAACAUAGUAGCACAUGAUUUCAAACUUAAAGGAUCCACUUUUGUAUUCGGCUUCCAUUCAAUGUACAGACAUGUCAGCCGAUACUAAGAUUGCAGAGCUACUCACAGAGCUCCAUCAGCUCAUCAAACAGACCCAGGAGGAGAGGUCACGCAGCGAACACAAUCUGCUCAACAUUCAGAAAACACAUGAGAGGAUGCAGACGGAAAACAAAACUUCUCCGUACUACCGCACCAAGCUGCGAGGCCUGUACACCACGGCCAAAGCAGACGCUGAGGCAGAGUGCAGCAUCCUGCGUCAUGCUCUCGAUAAAAUUGCAGAGAUCAAGUCUUUGUUGGAGGAGAGGAGAAUAGCUGCUAAGAUGGCGGGAGUUUACAGCGACAGCGACCCUCCCAGGAAGACGAUGAGGCGAGGCGUCCUGAUGACGCUCCUGCAGCAGUCGGCCAUGACGCUUCCUCUGUGGAUCGGCAAGCCGGGGGAGAGCCCCCCUCCUCUGUGCGGGGCGACCCCGGCCAGUAGCGACUACGUGGCCAAACAGGGGGACAAGGUGGCGGCGAGGGUGAAGGCCGUGGACGGAGACGAGCAGUGGAUCCUGGCGGAGGUGGUCAGCUACAACCACUCCACCAACAAGUACGAAGUGGACGACAUCGAUGAAGAGGGCAAAGAGAGACACACUCUGAGCAGACGGCGGAUCAUCCCUCUGCCUCAGUGGAAGGCCAACCCAGAGACAGACCCAGAGGCUCUGUUCAGCAAGGACCAGCUAGUGCUGGCCCUCUACCCCCAAACCACCUGCUUCUACCGGGCCCUCAUCCACACCCCCCCACACAGGCCUCAGGACGACUACUCGGUGCUGUUCGAGGACACGUCGUACGCCGACGGCUACUCUCCUCCGCUCAACGUGGCUCAGAGAUAUGUGGUGGCUUGCAAAGAGAACAAGAAGAAGUGACCGACGACUGGGAAUCCGGACACCGGAGGACAAAGAUGAAGCACUGAUUUCCAUUUUUGUAUGAAAAGAUGUUCAGAAAUAUUUGUCAAAGCUCAAAAUAUUUUCCUGUGUUUGAAAGGUUUCGGUCCGUUGAUUAAUCAUGGAAGGAGAUGAUCAAUGUGCAGAAACACCUUGAGAGACUUUUUAAUAUCUCUUUGAUGAGACUUUAGUACGCAAGACACUGAAGAGAAGUGACAUUUAGUGACACACCUGAACGUCUCAUGGAGAAGAUAUUAGCUGCGUCCCAAAUCUGUACUGCAUCGUGAUUAUACCGUCUGCAGUGCUUCCACAGAGGAAGAGGGACAAAGUACAGAACACACAACGCUCAUGGACACUAAAACACUACAACACGGGUUGUUGAGUGUGCUACACUGUCCCACAAUGCAUUGCACAAUGAAAACAAAGGAGCUGCUCACAGCCGAAACAAAAAUAAAACUAAUUGUAGAUGAUGGUGAAA